AUGGGAAGCCCGACAGGGAGCAAAAGAUCGAGCCGCAGCGAUUCCCUGGCUGGGGCUGCUCCUCGAUCGAGUCCUGUCAGCAAGUCUAGUCCUACAGGAAAUCUAGAGCCUGCGGCGGAGAAUCUGGGGCUCUUGCACGGCAACGCCGUCAUCGAACCUGGUGGUAGUGAUGAAGAUGGCGAAUUUUCACCAAGCGAAUUCGAUGCCGAGUCCAUCAGCGACCAAUCCGACUCUACAUCUUUAGGAUCUAGCAUCUAUGACCAUAGUUAUGUCAACGGCCGACGGUAUCAUCGCUACCGACACGGCAGAUAUCCAAUCCCAAAUGAUGAAGCGGAACAACACCGUGAGGACAUGCUACAUACUAUGAUGUUAGAGGCGACGGAUGGGAAGCUAUUUUAUGCCCCAAUUGGGGAUUAUCCACAGAAGAUUAUUGAUCUAGGCACUGGCACCGGAAUAUGGGCCAUGGAGAUGGGCGACAGAUAUAUCGGCGCCGAGGUUUUAGGACUCGAUUUGAGCCCCAUUCAACCUACCUGGGUGCCCCCCAAUGUCACAUUUCUCAUCGACGAUGUCGAAGCUGAGUGGCUCAACGGUGAUGAUUGGGACUUUGUCCACCUGCGGAACAUGAUACCUGUCAUGAAAUCACCCGUCGGUCUCCUCAAGCAGGCAUAUGACCAUAUGAAGCCCGGCGGUUGGGUUGAGCUACAAGACGUGGACGGGGAUGUUCACUCCGAUGACAACACGAUCCCAGAAGACUGGCCUCUCAAGAAAUUCACAGAAUACAUGCUUGAAGCAUUUGCCAAGUUUGGUACAAAUGCCCAUGCGGCUGUAUUUGGGGGGCAGUACUUGGCAGAGGCAGGCUUUGUCAAUAUCCAGCAUAAUUAUAUCAAGCUUCCCUAUGGCACAUGGCCGAAGGAUAAAAUUAUGCGGCUGGUUGGGAUGUAUUAUCGCACAGCCUGUGAAGACUUUUUCCCUGCAGUCGGUGCUAUUCAUUUCCCCAUGCUUGGAUGGGAGAAGACAGAAAUGGAAGUCUUCUUUAUGCAGUGUCGUCAGGCCAUGCGUGAUCCCAAGGUCCACGCGUAUGGCAAGAUGCAUUUUUGGAGCGGCCAGAAGCCUUACAAUGCAGAGUGA